UAAGACGCUGGUCGCGAUGGGUGGUUUCGCAGCCUUGGCGCGACUUUGCUCUUAUUUGCUCAAGCCCUUCGGCGGUUGGUGGACCGCCACCUGAAAGGUACCAGAUGGUCCCGUCUCCGGACGCAUUUAUGAAAAGCAGGCGUGAGUGCUCACAUGACCGGCCGGUCCCCCUCUGAGUCACGCAGUCUAGGUGAUCCCAGGUCAUCCGCCCAGCUCAGUCUCAGUUCCCCCCGCAGCUUCGUAGCUUCCGAGUUUGGGUUCCUUGCAGCUGUCGAACAGAACAAGCACAGCCCCCAGUCCGGUAAAGAUGGGUGCCACCAUGCUGCAGACCGCCGGCUUUGCCCUCGGCCUGUUGGGCGUAAUCGCGGUCAUCGCCGCCACGGGCAUGAACAACUGGAGCAGCCAGGACAGGGAGGGGGACGUGGUGACCUCCGUCUACAUCUACAAGGGCCUGUGGCAGACCUGCGAGGUGGCCACCUCGGGGUUCACCGAAUGCAGACCGUUCUACACCAUCAUCGGCCUGCCAGGAACCUUCCAGGCAGUGAGAGCCCUGAUGAUCGUCGGCAUCGUUAUGGGGGCGAUCGCCGUCCUCAUAUCCAUUUGCUCUCUGAAGUGCAUUAAAAUGGGGAGCACAGAGGAUGGGACCAAAGCCAACAUGACCCUGGCGUGUGGGAUCAUGUUCAUCAUUGCAGGCCUCUGCGCUAUUGCCGGAGCUUCUGUCUACGCGAAUCAGAUCGUGUCCAGCUUCAUGAUGACCACAUACAACAGUGGAUACGGUGGCGGCAUGGGUGGAGGCAUGGGUGGCAUGGGUGGCGGCAUGGGUGGUAUUGGAGGGACACUAACACCCAGGUACACGUUUGGCCCCGCCCUAUUUGUAGGCUGGGUAGGAGGGGCAGUGCUGUUCAUUGGUGGGAUUUUAGGGUGCCUAGCCUACAGAGGGCUGGUGCCAGAUAAGUCACGCUUCAAUGCCGUGGCUUACAAAGCUCCCGCCCAAGACAGGCCAGUCUAUGAGCACAGUGAAGGAGGCCGACACGACAACCAGAAAUACGUUUAAGUCCUGAGCAGCCUUCUGUAACUUGUAUACGAGACAAAACUGGGUUAUUGUAAUAUUGACUGUCAUAUGAACAUCUGGUUUUCCCAUUGUCGUUAAUGAAUACAAAUACAGGUCUGUGAGAUUUGAAACAUUUGCGUGUGUUCAGUAAGAAAAAACCACCUAGGGUUAAAGCUGGCUUUUUAAAAAAUAUUAUCUUUCUCUCGUACUCAAUUAUAUUCCAUUUUAUGUUAUAUUGCUUAUUAAUUCAUAAUUUGUUUUACAUUUAAAUUAUAGUUUUAGUUUUUACAAGUGAAGCCUUUUAGAAAAUGCCGAAUAGUUUUAUUUAACAUGCGCAAUUAAAAAAAAAAAAAAAUCUGUCAUUUUUUCAAAUGUAUAGUGAAAAUGUGUUUUUUUAUUAUCAUGUUACAAACAGAUAUAUAAUCAUUUUUGAACUUAGAUAUCAUCAUCAAUUCCAUCUUCAUUGAACACAGAAUUAUCUCACAUUUCAAAAACAAUGUGUUUAAUUACAACCAAACUACUCUUAUUUACAUGUAAAGGCAGAAACAUAUAUGGAAUGAAAGUUUUAUUUGGCCAAACAGCCAGGCUGCGACUGAGUACAUGAAUUUAUUUGAACAAUUCUGCAUUAAAUUCUCUUCAGUAUUUGCCAAAAUUUGUUGAAACAAUACACAAGCAUGAACUGUAACACAAACUGGAACUACAUGACAGAGAUGUAAAUUGUCACUUAUUUUUCUUUUGCUAAUUCCCUACGAACAAGCCUUUUCUAUGUUUGUUCUAUGAAAAAAAAAAAAUUAAAUUUAGUUUGAAUGCUUGUUAAUCAGUCAUUCAUUUAACGAUAUUUGGGUUAUUACAGGGAUUAAUUCUGAAGGAUUUUAUUUUCAAAUAGGCAAUUGUCAAGUAAACAGAAAAUGAAAUAGUUUUCUAACAGAAAACUAAAAAAAGUUUAUCUUGGAUUCAAGUUGUUUUGUACUGCUGAUGCAGAGUUUAGGCUGAUGUAGGUUUUAAAUAUUCACAUGCUUUUGUAGCCUACCAAAAACAGAAGUACCAUUUUUAAAUCAAUGAAGUGUAGUCAACAUCUAUUGUUUUUUUUUUGCGUUAUUCAUGCCAUAUUGUCUUUUGCAAUUAUACACAACACAAUACAGAGGUGCAAAAUAAACAGAAGUAUGCAAUGUAUGCAUAUAAACCUUUUUUACUUGAAUUUUUGUUCACCUCUUUAAAUAAUAAAGAUUUUUCACAGAUCAA